AUGAAUUAUACGAGAAUUAUUAAGUAUGUAAUUAGAUCUAAAAAUCUUAAUAGUGUUUUUGAGCGACUAGAUCCCUAUGAUAAAGAAAUAAAAGAAUAUUUUGCAAAAUAUUUGGAAAAAAAUGAAAAAGAAUUGGGGGAGUUUUCAAAAAAAGAAUUGAAAAUAUUAAAAAAAACAAGAUCAUAUGUGUAUAGACUUGAUUAUUCAGCAAAAUGUUUUUGUUGUGAAAUGCGUUUUGGAUGGUCAGCAAUCAUUGGUAUGAUACCAGUAAUAGGCGAUAUAAUCAAUCUAUAUUUAUCAAUGAGAAUUAUAAAAAUUUAUAUGAAAACAGAAAUCUCUAAGACUAUUAUAAUUCAAAUGUAUAUAAAUAUUUUUAUUGCUUUUUCAAUGGGUCUAAUUCCUAUUAUUGGAGAUAUGCUUUUUGCUUACUAUAAAUGUAACAUUAGAAACUAUAUUAUGUUUGAAAAAACAUUAAAAGAACGCAAAAAAAUACAUUAA